CGCGUCUCGACUGGGGUUUAGAUAGGCCGACUCAGCACACGCUACACGACGGGCACUUUCACGGCCUGUCGUGAUCCGCUCCCUUUAAAUGUCAAAUUCUCCCCACACCCAUUUUCUGGCCUUCUUUUGCGGCCAUUGACUGUUUUGAACCAGCUUGGACUUUUACUUGCAGGAAAUCGGUAGGCCACAAACUGCAACCUCUUUUUGAUAUCUUGUUCACCGGCCUGGCAGACUGCCUGUUUAUUUCGACCUUUCAGCCUGCGUUUUUACUUGCUACCUCCAUUAGUAGCGUAGCUACCUUUGAGAGCCGUCAAAGUCUACUACCAGUACUUUGGGGCGCUUUUAUUACCACUUCAACACGUGUGUACGUGGGCUACUCGAAUCCCACCACCAACCACCCACUACACACCACCAUUCACCCGCCUGCAACUGCCGACGCCCAAUUCUUCGAACGACAUUUAGGUUUUGCCUCAAUUCGGGACAUGCUGGACAGUCGUUCAUAACAAAAAGAGCAAAGGAAAAUCAAAUGGACUCUUCUCCGAGAAGCAGCAGGGUCGAGGAGCCUACGCUCCCAACAAUCUCGGGAGUCAAGCGGCCGGCAUCUUUACUUCCCGCCUUCGAACCCUUGUCCUCCUCUCCGGGCCUUCCUAGGCCAGUGAAGAGGCAGGCAACCGGCAAUGGAGCAUACAAAUACCCGACACCGGUGCCGACUUCAAGCACAGGCAUCCUCUCGUCAUCACCACCACGACUCGCCGGACGUCCAAACGGGCAACGGAGUGUCUCCGCAGCCACGGAACGUGCGCCCCUAUCGGCAGUCCCGACAGUCGAGCUUAACGAAAACGGCGAGGCGCUGCUGAUGGGCCGGUCUAGCAACUCAUCCCACUACCAAUUAUCUGCCAACCGCCUCAUCAGCCGCGUCCACGUCAAGGCACGGUAUAUACCCGCUGCAUCACCGCCUGGCGAGAACAAGAUUGAGAUUGUCUGCAGUGGUUGGAACGGACUCAAAGUGCACUGCCAAGGUCGGACAUGGGAGCUUGCAAAGGGGGAUACAUUCACCUCCGAGACGGAGUCGGCCGAUAUCAUGGUUGAUGUGCAGGACGCUCGUGUCCUAAUCCAGUGGCCAAAAAGGGCUGACAGCUUGGGAAAUCUUUCAGACUCGUCCUGGGAGGAUUCUCCGACGCGUCCUAGGGCAGACAGGAAUGGUGCUGGAAGCUUACAAUCCAGCCCCUUGCGGCGGCAAAGACGAAUGGUAUCCCCAGAGUCACCGACGCAGAAGUUUGCUACCAGCCUGGACUCGCUUUCCGCUCUAUCCAACGACCGGAUCCAAAUAUACGAGGACCCGAACAGUGGAGACGAGCUAGAGCUCCCCAAGCUGCCGUCGGAAGACGCCAACGCAAGCUUCAUGACCGAAGCCACGAACAAGAACUAUUCAAGUGAUCUCAGUGAUCCCGAGGAUGAUGACCUGGAAAAUGACCCUAAUGAGGAGAACGACCCUAUAGUGCAUUCUUUUGGUCCCUUCGGUGCAAACCUGUCUGACCGCAUGGCCUCUAUUUUCGCCGGUAGCCCUACAAAGGCCUCCCGGCCGUCACCGCAUGCUGCGCGCCGGCCCCUGGCCAACAGCAAAGGGACAACCGGAGUCACUGCUGCUGCAGGUGCACUAUCCACCGCCAUUGUUUUUACUGGAUCAGCUCGGAAAAUUCACCGCGCAUCGUCACCCAUCCCGGCUCAAGCCAGGGCCAGCAGCAAGCGCACAGACUGCACCACCCCGGCGCCCAGCAGCAGCAGAGGGACACCCGCCCCUGCUGCCGAGCCAUCUUUCGACCUGUCCGCCUUCGACGUGCCGACCAUCACCAACCACGUCGUUAACCAGCUUGCUUACUCGCGGUUGCAGUCGACGCCUCUGUCUGCCAUCCUCAGCCAUCUGCCUGCCGAUGCCAAAGCGGACGGCAAGCUGGGCAAGAACGCGCUGCGUCACAUCAUAGAGGAUAAAAUCGCAUGCGUUGGCACCAUCCUGAGGCAAGGCAAGGAUGCUGCCGGCAAGCCGCUCGAGAGCGAGUACUACUACAUGCCGGAGAAGGAUGAGGAUGAGUUCCGAAGACUCGCAGUCACUGACGGCAUGCGGAAGCCGAGCUUGAGGGCUUGUAGGAAGCAACACAAGCAAUACUAUUGGAAACGCCCCAAGACUCCUUGAAAAUCUUGAAAAUCUUUUACUUGCAGUUAUUUCAUUUUCCUCGUUUCUCUUUAGAGGGUCGGCUUUUUCCAUUUCCGUUGGCGGCGAUACCCCCCUGUUACCGUUUUCUUUUUUUUACCGAGCCUGUCUCAAAAGUGGUGGUCUUCUAGGCAUUUCUCCCACAUGCUUGGGUCUAUCAUUGGGGUUGUUUUCCUUUUAGGUUUUGUGUAUAUUGGCCUUUUCUCCUUUCAGCAUAGCGCUAGGCGUCAUUUUCUGGUGGUGUUUUUUCGUGUCUAUACACUGCGGUGCCUUGGCAUAUAUGUGUUUUCAGUCAAUCAACACCGAAGUACAUCUGGUAUAUUUUCAAGACGCGCAUAUGUCGUUGCGCUCUGCUCUUGGUUGAGGACAAUGUGGGUUUCGUUAGUCCAAAUGGGGGCCCUAUUAAGUUGCCCAGUUGUCACAAGGUUUUGUCACGAUGUAGGAUUAUUUCUGGCUACGGCGCAUGGGAUUUCUCGAGCCAAUUCUGUUUACAUUAGUAUUUAUUGUAUCUUGGUGAGCCACUCACGCUCGUGAUACCGGCAUUCCGAAUUCAUUCGCGCUCACCGCUCGGGUACAUAUCUGG